AUGGGGGCCUGUUGUUCAACUAAGAGUUAAGAAUCAAAAAAAUAAUAAUCAUCUUCUAAACCAAAAGAUAAAUAUCUUUUGAUUGAAUAAGGAUAAGCAGAAAAUUAGCGUGAAUAAGAUUUAUAAAAACUAGAAAAAGUAUAAGAAGCAGCAAAACAAGAGACAACGUAAAAUAAAUAAAAUGAUGGAUAAAAUUUUGACGAAGAUUUAUUUGUUAAUGAUAUUAUGAAAUAAUUUGACGACUUAAAUAUUCUAUUUAAUCAAGUAUAACAUUAAUUAAUUUAAUAGAUGUCAUCAGAAUUUGACUAAAUAUCAUAGUAUUUAUUAUCCAUGUCUGGAAAUCCAGAAUAGCAAUGA